AUGGUUCUUGAUGUUUCGAACUCGUACCUAUCUAAAAAGGGAAAAACCAGAAACGAUUGCGCAAUCUACUUCAACAAUGAAUGCGGGAACGCGCUGAGGAUUACGGGAGAUGAGGCGCCAAAGAACAAAGCCUCCAAGAAGGAUGCAGUGCCUGAGAAGGAUGCGAUGCCCGAGAAUAAGAGCCCUUGGCUCGGACGUCGGUCGUGGGGAGAAAUGGUCUCGGUGAUAGAGGUCAAGGCCGUGCCUUCGUCCCCCGCAUUCUCAUUCCUCAAGCCCGAGGCCAAAUUUAAACCGAAACAAGAAGAGCCCUUCAUUCGUGCUAAACUCGAAGGAGGCUCGGCAGCUCUCCAUCAGUUCGCCGAGCAUAUUUCCCAGACAUUUGCACGCCAGCACCGCACGCACAUCCACGCACUUUACGUCUUCAUGGACCAAGCUCGUAUCUGCUUGUUUGACCGCUCCGGGGCUCUCGUCUCCAAGCCCUUCUACUACGGGACGCAGAAGGCCGGCCCAACGUUCCGACGGUUCUUUUACCGUCUUGCCGGCAUGACCCCCGAGGAGCUCGGCUAUGACCCUAACGCCACUCGUGCUGAAUCGCAAAAGAUCGAGGAGUUGCGGCAGUGGGCGGCCACUCUGUCGGGAUAUCAGCGCAAAGUGGCAUAUGAAGCGCUGUGCUUCCCCGACCUGCAGUCAAAUGAGACUGUGUCGGAGGCGGACGAGACUGCGUCAGAGGCAGACGGGGCUACGCCAAAGAGGAUGACCAUACCUGCAGAAUGGCCUAUUCACAAAGUGGUGUUGGAAGCCCAGCCGUUAGAUGGUGAAAGGCAGUUGGACAGUAAACCCCUUGCCUCCGUGACGGUCUACAUCGGCAAACCAUCGUUCACCAUUCGCUUGUUGUUCGCUCGCAGUACUCGAGGCUAUAAUGCCAUCCAGGAAGUCGACCCGCAUGCAGAAAACCUCAGGGAUAAGUAUAAGCUCCGGUAUAUGAAGGACUACUGGCAUAUCGUCCGCGAUCGAGUGCGCCUGGAGCAUCAAGUUUAUCUUCGUUUUGCAGAAAAGCAAGUCUUGAGAACCAAUCUUCUCACGUGCUUGGCCGGAGGGGAUGUCAAAGGCAGAGAGGGCAGAUGCCAAGAGACGCGAGCAAGUUCCCACAGGCCGCAGAAGAAGGCCCACGACGCAGAACAGGAUGAUCACGACAUGGAAAUGGAAGACCAAGCCUGUGAGAAGGAUGCCACGGGGAAUGCCUACGAUAACGAGGAGGACUUGGAAAGCGAGGAGGACUUGGAAAGCGAGGUAGAGAGUAGUAAUCCAUACCCGAGGAAUCCCACCAUCCGCCGGCAUUAUCAGAUUCUCCUCCAGGAGGUGUGCCAACCUCUCUCAGAUUUCGAGGACUUCUCCGAGUUGUGUCGGAUACUUGCUGGCGCUUUGAGGGGGCACGAAGAGGCGUGGCGCGCAGGGGUCCUCCAUUGCGAUAUCAGCUACAACAAUAUACUCAUCUACGAUGGGACGGACGACCAGGGCAAUCACGUCCGAACGGGGAAGCUAGUUGACUGGGACCUGGCCAAGUACGCGGAGGACAUGAACCAGCCCGCGCGCAAUCCCUACAUAACGGGAACGUGGUUCUUCCGUUCUGCAAUAUCGCAGAAGUACCCAGAUCGGUCGUAUGGCCCCUCUGACGACAUUGAAUCCUUCGUCCACGUCGAGCAUUAUGUCGUCGCGCGUUUCCAUCAGAGUGACGCCACAAAGACCCUCGGCAGCUUCAUUAGCCCAUACAAACAAUACGAGAAGGUUGGUGACGUCGUGGUUGGUGGCGCCAGGAAGUUCAGCGCCAUGUGCAAGGUGGACCCCCCCAUCGUUCCUGAGGGGAAUUGGAGCCUCGCAGAGCAGCUCUACGCACUGCAGCAACUAUGCUCUGCUCAUUACAAGAUGUUCCUCAAGGAGUCAAAGCCUGAGGAUCCUCCGCUAGUUCGCGAUCCGCAGCCAGAGUACAAGCUCAAAGAUCACCAAGCCCUCCUGAAACAUUUCGAUGAAUGGGGUUGCAAAAGCAAGUGGGACUCCACGCACCUCAAGCGCAGCGAGGACCUUUUCCUGCCGCAAAGGAGAACAGCUACUCUUACUCAGUGGCUCAUCGUCCGAGCGACUACAGACGAGAAGGGAUUCAAGCCUACAAGGGAAUGCAAGAGCCAGACUCUUCCCGCCGGUCUCCCGCACGGACACCCCGAGUCCGCGGUGUUUGAGUCCGCGGCGUUCACUUCAGAAUGCGCCACACUUGCCCGGCAACUGCGCGCAUCGUGUCGCGCUACUCCCGCUCCUACCUCCGCGUUACCGAGCAGCGCAACCGCCACGCCAUGGUCGCCGCCUGCGCUCACGCCAGGGACGGUGAGAGAGAAGCAAGCGCGGAUGCAAGAGCACAGACAGCUUCUGGAACAUGGCGACGCCCUUGCGCACGUUGGCCAGUGCGACGUCCUGAGGGGUGCACACGACGAUGGCGCUUGA